GAUGAGCAGAGUGGAGAAUUGGCUAUUCUAUUUGUAACCUUAAGUCACCCUUAAAAGAAGUCCAUGCCCCUUUGCAUAAAAUUAUCUAACAACAUGGCCUACCCCUGGCUCUCCUUUUAUUACUGCCUUUUUGGAAGUGGCUGUUUUUUCUUAAAUCUUUAAAUUUAUGUUUCAAGAUGAAUUCAAUUCUUAAUACUCUAGGAGUCUAGGACAUUAAUAUGAUUUUAGUUGGCCUAGUUCCCCACGGCCAAAAAAAAAAAAAAAAAAAAAAAAGAAGAAGAAAAAACUCAUACCUUUGACUUUCAGCAAAUUUGAUUAGUUCUAGCCAUAUAAAAAGAAAUCAGGAAGCAAAAAGAAAAAUAAAAUCCCCCCUCCCAUAAAAAGAAGACAAUAGAAACAAAAUAAAGGGUUGUCUUUUAAUACAAGGAAACAACAGAAUCAAUACUGCUAACGGAUCUAAGUGCAAAAUGGUCAAUUUACUCAUAACCAAAAUACAAAAUAUAUACGUAUAUAUUGGAAAAUAAAAGUAAAAAAGAUUGAAUAACCGUUGGUAGUUUGGUCCCGCCAUUUCAGUCGUAGCUUACAUGGAGGAAAAACUUUCAUCUGACGAAGUCUUCGCUUGAUUCAAGAUAAUCAUCCCAAAUGUCACUUUCUCCUCUUUUUCCCCCUUUUUUCUCCUUUUUUCCAAAUCUUGAAACCAAAUUGACACUAUUGAAAGUUGGAAAAAAAAAAAAUGAAGAUGGUCUCAAAAACCAUAAUCUUUUACAUGUUCAUGUUUUAUGUUGCUAUUAAGGCUCAAGAUUAUGAUGGUAAUUCACCACCUGCACCUCCUCCUGCAGAAAAUGACUGCAAUGGUAUUUUUUUAUCCUAUAUAUUCAUCUCUAGAACUAAAGAGCUUCCCCACGUAAAGAAUGCAAGUGCACAAGCCUGGGCCUUUAAGGCUACGGCAACAGUACUUAAUGCAGGUAUAUAUGAGCUCAAGAACUGGAAAAUCUUCAUCGGGUUUCAAAAUCGCGAGCUUUUAGUCUCAGCUAGCAAUGCUGUGUUAGUAAGUGGUGAUGAUUUCCCAGCUCCGGUUGGAAAUGGAACUUACCUAGCUGGCUAUCCUCAGACGGAUUUGAAAACGUCGAUUGAUACUGCUGGUGAUUAUACACAAAUUCAAGCAGAGGUUGAGUUAACAGGUACACAAUUUGGAAUCAGACCACCAGGUUAUCCCAUGCCUAAAACUAUUAAGCUUGUCAAUGAUGGAUACAAAUGUCCAGCAGCAAUUCGUAAAUCAACAACAAUGCAUGUCUGCUGUGUGAAAGACCCAAAAUUUAAGGCUAAAAAUUUCACAACCAAGUAUUUCCCACGCCAAAAUGGUGAUCUUUUGAUCUCUUAUGAUGUUACGCAAGCCUAUCCGAGUAACUAUCAAGCACAAGUGACCAUACAAAAUAAUAAUCCUUUGGGACGCCUUGAUCAGUGGAAUUUAACUUGGGAAUGGAUGAGAGGGGAGUUUAUCUUCUCGAUGAGGGGAGCGUUCACUCGCAAGAUAGAUUAUUCGGAUUGUGUCUAUGGUGCUGCAGGACAGUACUAUCAAGACCUUGAUUUUUCUAAAGUCAUGAAUUGUGAAAAAAAGCCUGUUAUAGCUGAUUUGCCUCCAGAUAGAGCUCAAGAUAAAGAUGUUGGGAUGAUACCGUACUGCUGUAGAAAUGGUAGCAUCAUGCCAAGUGUAAUGAAUGAAACCAAUUCAAAGUCUGUGUUUCAGUUACAGGUCUACAAGCUUCCACCAGAUUUGAAUCUAACAGCUCUUUACCCUCCUGAGCAUUGGAAAAUUGUCGGUGUUCUUAAUCCUGAUUAUAAGUGCGGACGAGCCUUAAGAGUAGACGAAACACAAUCCUCGGAUCCUAGUGGACUUCAAGCUACUGUCACAGCUAUUGCAAGUUGGCAAAUAGUUUGCAAUAUCACAAAACCAAAAGAUAGAGCGAACCGGUGCUGUGUUUCAUACAGUGCCUAUUAUAAUGAUUCUGCAAUCCCCUGCAGCACUUGUGCAUGUGGUUGUGAGAAUUCUGCCAAAUGCAAUCAAAACGAACGAGCGCUGCUUCUUCCUCCAGAAACACUGCUCGUGCCAUUCACAAACAGAAGAGAGAAAUCCCUUUAUUGGGCUAAACUAAAGCACUAUCAUGUCCCUAAGCAGUUACCUUGUGGCGAUAACUGUGGGGUUAGUAUAAACUGGCAUAUUGAUUCAAACUACAAAACAGGAUGGACUGCUCGGAUUACUCUAUUCAACUGGGGAGGAAUUGCUUUUGUGGACUGGUUCGUUGGCAUCCAGUUCAAGAAAACCGGUUCUGGCUUUGCACAAGCUUAUUCUUUCAAUGGAACUUUACUUCAAAACAUGAAUGACACAGUUUUCUUGAAAGGACUACCUGGUUUAAAUUACUUGAUAGCAGAAGCAGACGGACAAAAACCUGGAGACCCUAGAGUACCCGGAAAGCAACAAUCCGUCCUUAAAUUUGAUAAGAAAAAGUUAAAAGAUAUUGAUAUAGUAAAUGGGGAUGGAUUUCCAACAAAGUUGCUAUUCAAUGGGGAAGAAUGUGCACUUCCUACUCGUCUUUUAGUAUCAGAUGGAAGAAAACGGCAUGCAAAAUCUUGGGUAAUCGCCAUCACAACAUUGUUAACCUUCUCGCUGAUGGUAAAAGACCUGCAAUGAUUGAAAACUGAGCUGUUUUUGGCUGUACAUUUCAAGUAAAUGGAAGGAGAUUCUCAAGUGACAUUCUGCCUGGGGAAGUUUCCAUUUCUAACCUCACAUUAGUAUAGCACCAUAUCCAAUAUGAUAAAUGGAUUGAUAUAUAAGCUCAGUGUUCAGAACACGAGAAUCACGUAAUUUUGAGGAGCGAUUCUUGAGGCUGCUGCAAAUUAAUGCACACUGAAGCUGCUAAAGGAAAAAAGAAGAAAGGACGAAUUGUUUCAUCCAAGAACAUGGUCUAAUUUGUGUCAAAUUUAGAAGAUCAUAAGCAGGCCUAAUUCUAUUAGUAUCCUUAGAUUGAUCCAUGAUCAGGUAUGCGGGGAACAAUAGUUAUAAUCCAAAUUGGUUUAUUCCUAGUCCCAAAGUGUGUUCAACUCAGUACUCGGGUUUUAAGGACCAAAGCUUCCAAAAGGGAAAAAAUGCAGUUUGUAAGCUAAACUUCAUUUAUCAUAUGCCUUUUCCA